AUGCCUGUUGUAAAUGUGGACGAUUUGGUCCGACUUCAACGGAAACCCGACGACAUACGGAAUAUAUGCAUUCUGGCCCACGUUGAUCAUGGUAAAACCUCUUUGACUGAUAGCCUGAUCGCCACAAAUGGCAUCAUUUCUCCCAAGUUAGCGGGUAAAAUCCGCUAUUUGGACUCCCGACCGGAUGAACAGCUUCGAGGGAUUACAAUGGAAUCAUCCGCCAUUUCUCUCUUCUUUUCGAUGAUGCGCCGUCCUGCUCCGGGCGCCGCCCCAGUUCCUAAGGAGUAUCUGAUCAAUCUGAUUGAUUCGCCUGGGCACAUCGACUUUAGCAGCGAGGUGUCGACAGCAUCACGCCUUUGCGACGGAGCCGUGGUGCUUGUCGAUGCCGUAGAGGGCGUGUGCAGUCAGACGGUCACUGUUCUACGUCAGACUUGGGUCGAGCAAUUGAAACCGAUCCUAGUCAUUAACAAAAUAGAUAGACUAAUUACUGAAUUAAAGAUGAGUGCCAGUGAGGCAUAUUCACAUCUAAGCAGGCUUUUGGAGCAGGUAAACGCCGUAAUUGGCAGCUUCUACCAGGGGGAACGAAUGGAAGAGGAUCUCCAGUGGCGAGAGCGCAUGGAAGAGCGAGCCAGUGCAUCUGCAGCCCAGAAAGACCGGACGAAGAAGCAGAAGCAGGAUGACGAGUCUAUAUCAGGUAGCGUGGCUGAUACAGCGGAGUACGAAGAACGCGAUGAUGAGGACCUAUACUUUGCCCCCGAAAAGAACAAUGUUAUCUUCUGCAGUGCUGUGGAUGGUUGGGCUUUCACUGUGAGGCAAUUUGCCGCAAUCUACGAGAAGAAGCUUGGGAUCAAGCGUUCUAUACUCGAGAAAGUCCUCUGGGGAGACUUCUACCUAGAUCCCAAGACGAAACGGGUUCUCGGCCAAAAACAUCUGAAGGGACGAGCUUUGAAGCCAAUGUUUGUUCAGCUCGUAUUGGAUAGUAUCUGGGCUGCCUAUGAAGCCACCACCGGAGAUGGCAAAGGCAAAGGCGACCCGACUUUGCUGGAAAAGAUCACCAAGUCCCUGAACAUUACGAUUCCUCCAUACAUCUUACACUCCCGUGAUCCCAGAAACGUAAUGACCACCUUGUUUUCCAUGUGGUUGCCUCUGUCCACAGCUCUUCUUGUCUCUGUCAUUGAAUAUCUCCCCAGUCCUCGAGUGGCUCAAGAGUCUCGGUUGCCUGCAAUGAUUGAAGAGUCGCCUGGGGCAAGCUUCGUAGACGAGAAGGUAAAGAAUGCAAUGGUCCAGUUCAAGACUGGCUCAGGGGAGCCUGUUGUGGCAUACGUUAGUAAGAUGGUUGCGAUUCCAGAGAGCGAGCUAUCUGCGAGCAACAAGCGCUCUGGCACGAUGCUAUCAGCAGACGAAGCCAGAGAAAUUGCUCGGAGAAAGCGUGAUGAAAUCGCCAAAUUGCAGGCGGAAGCUAAUGGCUCCGAGACUGAUGAGUACGCACGCAUCACAUCUGCUUUCGACAAGGCCACAUUAGACGACAUUGAUCAGCCUGGAGAGAAUGAGGUAAAGGCGGAUCCAGAGCACCUGAUUGGGUUUGCUCGACUGUAUUCUGGCACUCUUUCGGUGGGUGAUUACGUGUAUGUCCUCCCCCCGAAGUUCUCGCCUGAGAACCCUCACGCCAGUCCAGAGCUUCGAAAAGUGACGGUUACGGAUCUGUAUCUCCUUAUGGGCCGAAGCCUCGAACCCCUUCAGUCAGUCCCUGCAGGUGUGGUUUUUGGGAUUGGUGGGCUUGCAGGUCACAUCCUCAAGACGGGCACUCUAUGCUCACAGCUCGAGGGAAGUAUUAACCUGGCUGGUGUGACUUUGAACGCUCCGCCCAUCGUCCGAGUUUCUCUUGAGCCAGUUAACCCCACGGAUUUGGGUAAAAUGGUCUGUGGUCUGCAUCUGCUUGAGCAGAGCGAUCCUUGUGCACAAUACGAGGUUCUUCCCAAUGGCGAACAUGUGAUAUUGACUGCAGGUGAACUGCAUCUUGAACGGUGUCUGAAGGACCUCCGUGAACGUUUCGCCAGAUGCGACAUUCAAACCGGCCAGACAAUCGUUCCAUAUCGAGAGACCAUCAUCAAGGCGCCGGAAAUGGCUCCUCCAAGGAACCCAGAAGUGGGACGAGGAGGAGUUGUAGUUGUUUCGCCCUCGAAACAAUUAACCAUCCGUCUCCGAGUCGUCCCAUUACCUUCCGCAGUGACCGAGUUCUUGACCAAACAAGCCGGCACCAUUAAGCGGCUACAGUCUCAAAAGAGAGCCGCAGCCGAAAACACCUCGACCAACGGUAACGCUGAAGGUAACCAACGGAUCGAAACUAGUGAUGCGACGGAUGAGGCCCGGGAAGGAAGCAUUCUCUCGCUCUCGGACUUCAAGCACGAACUCAGCAAACUCUUUGACGAACACGGGGCAGACGACAAAGACACAUGGGUUAAUGUCGCCGACAAGAUCAUAGCAUUCGGUCCUAGACGAAUAGGCGCAAAUAUCCUAGUUGACGCCACUGCAGUCAACACCUGUGAGAAAUUCUUGCUCGAAGAUCCCAAACAGCAGCCCACCAUCUCUACCGAGGAAUGCAGCCGCGAUGCGCUAUUUGUCCGCGACUUCUGUGACAAGAUCGCUCACGCAUUCCAGCUAGCAACAGGCCAGGGACCACUCUGUCAGGAACCUAUCCAAGGCACGGCCGUAUUCCUAGAAGAUCUAGCCGUCAAUGCCAACGAAGCUGAGCUCGACCUGGGCCGUUUAACCGGUGAAUCAAUCAGACUUGUCCGUGACAGCAUCUCCCAUGGUUUCCUCGACUGGAGCCCCCGAAUAAUGCUCGCCAUGUACAGUUGUGAGAUCCAGGCAUCGACCGAAGUCCUCGGCCGUGUCUACGGUGUUAUCACCCGUCGUCGCGGCCGAAUCCUCUCCGAAAUAAUGAAAGAAGGAACUCCAUUCUUCACGAUCCUGGCUCUUCUUCCCGUAGCGGAAUCGUUCGGAUUCGCCGAGGAGAUCCGGAAACGCACUUCGGGCGCGGCGCAACCACAACUUAUCUUUGCGGGAUUCGAAGCCCUAGAUGAGGAUCCAUUCUGGGUUCCUGCCACGGAAGAGGAACUAGAGGAUCUAGGAGAGUUGGCGGAUCGGGAGAACCUGGCGAAGAGAUACAUGGAUGCUGUGCGGAGAAGAAAGGGACUUGUGAUUCAAGGGAGGAAGUUGAUUGAUGCGGAGAAGCAAAAGACGUUGAAAAAGUAA